AUGGCUCUUCGCCGCCCAUUCGCUCUUCCCCGGCAAUUGUUGCGACCGGCAACUCGCGCCUCGUUCCAUUACUUCCACGAACAGAGACACGGCCUUGCAACAGCAGUGCCUCCAGUCACUCAGGAUGCGACCGGCUCUAAGGGCCCUACGGCCAUGGUUUUCCUCAACAUGGGAGGGCCCUCGACCACCGACGAAGUCGAAGACUUCCUCAGCAGAUUAUUUGCCGACGGCGAUCUAAUUCCCCUGGGUCGACUACAGUCAUAUCUCGGACCGCUGAUCGCAAAGCGAAGAACACCUAAGAUCCAGAAGCAGUACGCGGAGAUCGGCGGAGGCUCGCCGAUCAGGAAGUGGUCGGAGUAUCAGUGCGAGGAGAUGUGCAAGCUGCUGGAUAAAAUUAACCCGGAGACCGCCCCCCACAAGCCAUACGUUGCUUUCCGCUACGCCGCACCGUUGACCGAGACGAUGUAUGCGCAGUUGCUACAGGAUGGAUUCGGCAACGGUAAAGGUGGACGCGCUGUGGCCUUCUCGCAGUACCCGCAAUACUCCUGCUCGACCACGGGCAGCUCCCUGAACGAGCUGUGGAAGUGGAGGAACCGUCUGGAGGGACCCCGGGCGAAUGGCGGCGUCCAGCCGGCGGGUUCCAUUCAGUGGAGCGUGAUCGAUCGGUGGCCCACGCAUCCGGGUCUGGUGGAGGCUUUCGCGAAGAACAUCGAGGAUCAAUUGAAGACCUAUCCCGAAGACAAGAGAGACGGCGUUGUCCUCUUGUUCUCGGCCCACAGUCUGCCCAUGAGCGUUGUGAACCGAGGUGACCCCUACCCGGCAGAAGUUGCUGCGACUGUCCAUGCAGUCAUGCAGAGACUCAAGUUCAGCAACCCUUACCGACUGUGCUGGCAGUCUCAGGUCGGACCGAGGGCUUGGCUGGGAGCACAGACAAGUGAUACAGUGCAGGAAUAUGUGAAGCGGGGUCAGACCGACAUCGUUCUGGUCCCUAUUGCCUUCACCAGCGACCACAUCGAAACCCUCUACGAGCUGGAUCUCGAAGUGAUGGAAGAAGCCAAUCACCCGGGAGUGAAGCGUGCGGAGAGCUUGAAUGGUAGCCCCAUCUUCAUCCAAGCUCUGGCGGACGUUGCCCAGGAGCAUCUGCGCAAGGGGGAGCCCUGUUCGCUGCAGAUGACUCUGCGUUGUCAGGGCUGCACGAGUGAGCGAUGCUUGGAACAGAAGAAGUUCUUUGCUGGCGAGCGUGCUUCCUCUCUGGUCCUUUAA